AUGCCGAUUGUACACAUUGUCUUGUUCAAGUUCAAGGAGAGCACCGACCCAGCAGUGGUCAAGGAUAUCUGCAGUCGUAUGCUUGGGCUGAAAGACACAUGUCUACACCCCGAGACCAACAAACCAUACAUGAAAUCAUACGGCGGAGGAAGUAACAAUAGUCCCGAAGGAGCUGCUCACGGCCUUCAAUAUGGAUUUGUCUCAGAGUUUCAGUCAGAGGCCGACAGAGAUUACUACUUAAACAAGGAUCCUUCUCAUCUCAAGUUCGUGGAAGACGUGGGCAAGAUUGUGGACACGGCGACCGUGUUUGACUUUGAGCCGGGUGUUAUGUCUUGA